AGGUGGUGGGGGGCAAGUGAAAAAUAUGGUUAUCUGUAUUCAAUGAAAAUGUGUGUGGUAUCAGCGGAAAAGCCGCGAAAACCUACGUCACAUUGUGACGGAUUCAGUCGAAAACUGGGACAAAGUGCAGUGCACUCUGGCAUUGCGAUCUUACCCACCAGGUGUUUCUAUGCCGUAAUCUUCGCAGGAUUGGGUAAUACCCCCCUUCAGGGUAAAUGAGGGAACGGAGGUAGUGGAAAGUGACCUGGUAUAAUGUCAGAUGGGGUCGAUGGAGGCAGCGGGGAAAACGAGGUAGACUCACAUUCCUCCGCGCAAGCUGAACCUGGGGAGUCAUCCAAUAAUCGGGAGGAUGAGAGCUUGGAUCCUGAUAAUGAGGCUGCUUUGAACACUAAUUAUGACAGUAGUGACGGAGCUGUACCAGUUUAUAGAUGUGAAAGAUGUGACAAUUACGAAACCAUAAAUAAAGCAGCAUUUUGCGCCCAUCAAGACCAGUGUCUGGCUGGUGGUGAGGGUGGUGAGAGUGUCGAAGGAAUCGAGAGCAAUGAACACGAUGGGGACGGUGAUGAGGGACACUCUGGACACCGUUCACACAGAAAGAUGUUCGAGUGCGACGUCUGCAACAUGAAAUUCUCCAAUGGAGCUAACAUGCGUAGACACAAAAUGCGUCACACUGGCGUCAAACCGUACGAGUGUCGUGUUUGUCAGAAGAGAUUUUUCCGAAAGGAUCAUCUGGCUGAACACUUUACAACCCACUCGAAAACAUUGCCUUAUCACUGUCCAAUAUGCAAUCGUGGAUUCCAAAGACAAAUUGCUAUGAGAGCUCAUUUUCAGAAUGAGCACGUUGGUCAGCACGAUAUGGUCAAGUCCUGUCCACUGUGCAAUUACAGAGCAGCUACGAUGAAAUGUUUGAGGCUACACUUUUUUAAUAGGCAUGGAAUAGAUUUAGAUAAUCCUGGACCAAAUAGCUCGUCGUCCCUGUUGAGCAGUUGUUCACCAAACGAGGCGAUGCCUUCAGCACCUCUAUCUGAUAGUGGUGAUAGCACGGGUAAUCGUUCGGCAGACAAUGCAACACCACCGAUGCACUUCUUGACACCCCACGUGGAGAUAUCAAUACCGUAUCCAGAACAGGCAGCUGGCCAACGCAAUCCCAGUCCAGCACCAUUGAAUGGAGAUAGUCCAAACAGUCCACAGAGUGCUGACAGCAACAGCAAUGCACCAAGCAGUAGUCAUCAUCAGUUACCUAUCAAUAGCACUAUUCAUCGGAGUGGCGGUGGUAGUGAAGAGGCAAUAACACCAUCAAUAUCCCUAAUUCCAAUAAAACAAGAGCCAAACAGCAAUGGAAUGGAGGAUUCUGGUGCAACAUCAAGCAAUCAUCCUCUUCCAUCUCUCAUAAAGGUAUCACCACUGAAAUCUCUGUUGCGCGAUGACUUGAGACGCAAACUAACAAACACAACAAACAGUCACAACAAUGGUACAACAACGAUAAAUUCUCACACACGUGGUGAGCCACCGACAUCAACGAGGCCGGAUCCCCGUUCCAGUGGUUUACAGUGUACCUAUUGUCGAAUAACAUUUCCAGAUCAAACAUUGUAUUUUUUGCACAAGGGCUGUCACAGCGAGAGCAAUCCCUGGAAGUGUAAUAUCUGUGGGGAGCAGUGUUGCAAUCUGUAUCAAUUUAAUUCGCAUUUACUGAGCAAGAGUCAUCAAUAGUAACGGGAAAUUAAUUAAUUGAAGAGAUUAAAGAUAAUUGGUGAGAUGAGGCUCGUUUCAAGGGAGAAAACCGUGCCUUUUUUUAUUAUGAAGAUGAAGAUUUAAUGAGGAUCACUAAUUAUUGCCAACAUUCAUGAAACUCGUCCAUCGUGAUAUGUCACCACACGUUUAUGAUCCGUCCAAUAGGGCUUCACAGAGUUUAAAUAUUCCAAGCUCUAUUAGUUUAAAAUUAAAAUGAAAAAAAAAAAUGUUGAACAAUUAGUGAAUAGAUGGCAGCGCAGGGAGCAGAAAAUAUUCCGAGAGAGACGUUGAAGGAAACCACGGGGUAGUGGACAGUACUAAAUAUAUCCUGAUGAGAUAAUGUCAAUCGAGUGUCUUUGACUGGUUGAUUAGAUUAAUCUGGAUUAAAUUAUUGAAACUUAGCGAACAGGCUGGCAAAAAGCUUUGAAGUAGCACCGUACUCUUCACCUAAAAAACAAUUCUUCGAGGCACAAGUUUGAUUUGACUGCGUCAGUACUUCAAUCAGCUAUUCCUUAAUUGCACUGGAAGAAUCAGAUUCAAAAGAAUAUAAUAUUUAUGAGAGAUUGUCAUUGAAUAGCAUCAGAAGCAGAAACUGAAAUUCAGCAGUUGAAGGGUGAAUGCAACUGAGGAGCUUUAAGAAUUGAUAUUAAUUGAUUGGCUUAGCAGAAAGAAAAUAUUUUAUGGUCGAAGGAAUGAGAAUUAAAACGCGAUGGGAUGUGAAAAAUGAGAAAUUCUAUCGGUUGCACUGGUGUCUCAGUUUCGAUUAAUAUUUUAUAUAUAAAUAUUUGUACAAAAGAGUAUUAAAGAAGUAAUGAACAAUGUGGAAUAAGUAAACAACAAAAAUCGGGGUGUUUCGCGUAUAUAUUGAAGAAAUGAUAUACAUGAAGAAGUCUAUUUAAUCGCGUCACAGAGAAAUUAAAAAUGAAAUACUGACACUUAUAUACACAAACACUGCUGUAAAUGGUUGUAGUUAUUUAAUGAUUAUUCUGUAUAUCGAGAGUAAAAUAUUUAAUAUUACAGUUUUAUUUAUUAAUAAGUAAUUUAUUGUCUCGCAUUCCAAGAAAACGUUGAAAAAACAAAUUUGACACAGAAUUAGUUUAAUUGAAAGGAGAGAAACACUUUGGUGGAAUUAAUAUAAUAUAUAGAUUUAUAUAUAUUUUUGUUCAAAGCAGGAUCAUCUGAAAUCACUUAUUCAGCACUUGAAAGCGUAACGAUCAUUGAACGAGGAAUUUUAGGAGUUAUUUGUAUGAAUAUUUACAAAGCAAAAUUAUGAAAUUGUCAUGUAGAUUAAUUUUAUUUCCAUAAUGUGACCUUGCUCGAGUCUUUUUAGAUACCUUUACAUAACACACGUGUUCAUCAUAUUUUUGGGUUGUUGAGAAUGACAAGUGCCUGACAUGAAAGAUGACAAUUCAAUAUUUUGGACAAAUGGAUAAUGGAAUCAUUCAAUUUCUGAAUAUGAAAUAUUUGAAGUGGACCACCAAGCGCUUUUACACUGUGAUCACGUUUACAAAGAAAAAAAGAUAGUCUUAAUGAUAGAGAAUAAAGAAAGGUGGUUACGAAAAUAUGAUGAAUGCAACCUCGUAAAAAUUGAAUCGGUCAUUAAUUGGGAUGAAAGGAGAGGAUUCGAUCGAUUGUGAAUAAAUCUCCUCAUGAAAUUCAAUCGUACUAAAAAAAAUUCC